AUGGCGGACUCAGAGGAACCAAAAGCGCAGUCUUGUACAUUUUUGUUCAAGAAAUCUGCAAAAAAGUUUUGCGGGCGCAAGAGAAAAGCAAGCGACAGUGACAAAGAUGCCAACAGUGAGGAGGAGCAGAGCGUCGUGGUGAGAAGAGAUAAGAAAGAGGGUCGCGUCAACCCCAUGAUCCAAAGGACCAAAAAAGUGGAAAGAGAUGCAGUUUCUUCAAGUGACAGUGAAGAUGAUAACGAGGGAAAGAUCACAGUUGCUUACAAAUCCAGCCGAUCAGCCAAACCUGAGGGACCUGAAGACAUGGGCGCAACAGCCACGUACGAGCUGGACACGGAAAAAGACAAAGACGCUCAAGCUAUUUUUGAGAGAAGUCAGAAAAUCCAAGAGGAGUUAACAGGUAAAGAGGAUGAUAAAAUAUAUCGUGGCAUCAACAACUACCAGAAAUUCAUCAAGCCUAAAGAUACCAGCAUGGGCAACGCCUCCUCUGGAAUGGUCAGAAAAGGACCAAUCAGAGCCCCUGAACAUCUGAGGGCCACCGUUCGGUGGGAUUAUCAGCCUGACAUCUGCAAAGACUACAAAGAGACGGGUUUUUGUGGUUUUGGAGACAGCUGCAAGUUCCUUCACGAUAGAUCAGACUAUAAGCACGGCUGGCAGAUUGAGAGGGAGCUGGAGGAGGGCAGAUAUGGAGCAAAUGAUGAAGAGAAUUAUGAAGUGAGCAGCGAUGAUGAGGACGUCCCCUUCAAGUGCUUUAUCUGCCGAGAGUCGUACAAGAAUCCCAUCGUCACAAAGUGUAAGCACUAUUUUUGUGAGGCCUGCGCCCUUCAGCAUUAUCGCAAAUCGAAGCGUUGCUAUGUGUGCAAUACUCAAACCAACGGCGUCUUCAACCCGGCCAAAGAGUUGAUGGCCAAGCUGGAGAAACAUUACGCUGCGCAAGACCAACCUCCAUCAGACGAGGAUUAGCAUCUGAACAUCUUUGUCUCCUGUUUAAAGUUUGAAUAAAAGCUGUUUUUGAUUAUUGGAUGCUUCAGUCGUUGUUAGCUUUCUGAAA